AAGCUGACCCUGCUGCGCCGACGCUCACCGGAAGCCGCUCGAACGAAAUAAAAGCGGCGUCCAUGGUUUUCGAACUCUCUGGCGUUUUGCAACUUGUGCCGUGCGUUUCGAAUACACACCAAGGAAAUCAGAUUUAUUCAUUUUUUUAUGUAAAGGUGCGUAUUAGAAAACACUUCUGGUGUGUGCGCUCUUAAAAAAAAAAAGUCCAACGCGGAAGUGCUCGCGUUCAUUUCUCUAGCUUGAUGCCGCUGAACUAACCGUCCGCCCAGCUUGGCCGAGUUUACAUCGGAGUGCUGCUCGUCGCGCUUAUAUAACUCACUGACGACAUUUUCACUGCCAGGGACACUUCUUUUUUUUUUCAAACGUCACAGCUUGUGAACGCACACUUUUUUUUUUGGUCUAUUUGUUUGCGAGUUCCCUUCAAUGAAUUAAAGCCGCGGGAGAAAGUGGAGCAGACUCGGAUCUCCUUCCUUCCUCCUGCGUCGACCUUGUUUACUUUAGUUGCCAAAUAGUGAGCCACCCAGCGCGGUGUUUAUUCCGUGAAAAGUGGCGUCAGAUGCACGGAUUGUCAUUUAUCUGCGUGGACUUUCUGUUUUUUGUUUUUUUUAUAUACAGAAGAUGACUUAAACGGAAGUGUGCUGCAACUUCUUCCAAACAACAAACAAGACUAACGAAAUGGAUCAGAGUGGACUGAAUUGCAACGGUAAUCGAGACGGCCGCCUGUCAUUCGUGGAGUCUGGAAUACACGUCGAUGGGGAUAAUGUGACCGCUUCUCUGCAGCCAACCGCCCCAGCCCCGAACGGACGGGUUGGAACCAAAGACCAAGUGGCGCUAGAAAGCCUUUUUGACUCCCACCAGCAGGCCUUCUGCGAAGGGUCUGACAUGAAGCCUGGUAAAAUGAUGAGACUAGAGAAGCCGAAGCAGCCAGAUAUCAAUAUGUUCAACAUUGAAGAUGACUUGGCGAUGUUGAAUCAGAAUUUUUCAGAACUGGACAACACGUCCACCUCUGUCAUCAACACGGCUGUCCUAGGCAACCUCCCCCUGCCUGACCUUUUCCCGCAGCACAUCAAACAGGAAGGGGACUUCUCGUUGGAUAAAGAAUUGGGACCUUAUGGGGGUCACACUGGCGCUGCUUCCUGUGAUUUGACAGGGAGUCGUCUGAUCGAGGAGUGCACGCUUUGGAAAGACUUGGACCUUCCGGGAUCCAUGCCAGAGAUCAGCGACUUUGAGCUAGAUUCAGAAGUGGCUCACUUGGAUAACAUCCUGCACGAGAGCGGCGGCGUGGGAGGACCUGAUGGAGGCUUGCCAAAAGCAACAAAACCGCUCAUGGACAAUGGCGGUAGCUGUCAAAAUGCUAACGGCGCAAGCCAGCAGCAGCACACCGUCCUCCACCAUCCUCACCAGCAGCACCUUGUACAGCACCAGCUUCACCAUCAACAUCCGUCUUCACUUCUCAACAGCGUGGUCAUCAAGGAGGAGAAGGACCCCGACCACUCUUUCAUCCACAUCCACACACCCGGUGUGGUCAAGCAGGAGAAGCAGGAGCGGCCCGCUUUCUGCCAGUCGCAGUGUCUCCAAGGCGGUUUGGGCUCGGUCCAAGCUGCGGCUCCGAUGUCCUCAUCCGGGGGCGUGAGCGUGGACGCGGUUCCCGGCUAUCGCUACAGAGCCAACCCGCCCGCCAACAUGAUAGACCGCAAGCCCUUUGGCAUGUACUCAGACUUACCCCCUGCCGGGGACAGCUGGAUGCGAGGGGACGGGUAUGGAGAGGCCCUCGCAGUUCAAAGGGCCAAUGAUGGGCUCCCCAACACUGCUGCUUUGACCUACCCUCUCAGCUUCUCAGGCUCAUCACCCAGAACGGCAGCCGAGUCAAACCGUUCCAUGCUGCUGCCUGGCCAGUCCAAACCCAACGGGCAGACGCACAAGGUGUGUUUGGUGUGUUCGGACGAGGCGUCCGGAUGCCACUACGGCGUGAUAACCUGCGGCAGCUGCAAGGUGUUCUUCAAGAGGGCUGUGGAAGGAUGGAGAGCACGACAAAAGACAGAUGGGCAGCACAACUACCUGUGUGCAGGGAGGAACGACUGUAUCAUCGAUAAGAUCCGCAGAAAGAACUGUCCGGCAUGCCGCUUCCGCAAAUGCCUUCAAGCUGGAAUGAAUUUGGAAGCAGCAAGGAAAAACAAGAAGCUGAGGAAGCUGGAUAAUGACAACAACUCCCGCUGCCUUGCCCUGCCUCAGCCCGUCUCCGCCAUGCCUGUGGCGGUCAUCCCUGCCUGCAUGCCCCAGCUGGCGCCCUCCAUGUUGUCGGUGCUUAAGGCCAUCGAGCCCGAGAUCAUCUACUCUGGCUACGACGGCACCCUCCCCGACACGUCCACGCGCCUCAUGUCCACGCUCAACAAGCUUGGCGGACAGCAGGUCAUCUCGGCGGUCAAGUGGGCAAAGUCGCUGCCAGGCUUCCGUAACCUGCACUUGGACGACCAGAUGACGUUGCUGCAGUGCUCCUGGCUCUUCCUCAUGUCCUUCAGUCUGGGCUGGAGGUCCUAUGAGCAAUGCAACGGGAGAGUGCUCUGCUUCGCACCCGACCUUGUCAUCAACCAGGAGCGCAUGAAGCUGCCCUUCAUGACGGAGCAGUGCGAGCAGAUGCUGAAGAUCUGCAACGAGUUUGUGCGUCUGGAAGUUUCCUACGACGAGUAUCUGUGCAUGAAGGUGCUGCUGCUGCUCAGCACGGUUCCUAAAGAUGGGCUGAAGAGUCAGGCGGUGUUCGACGAGAUCAGGAUGACGUACAUCAAAGAAUUAGGGAAAGCCAUCGUUAAGCGAGAGGAGAACACCAGUCAGAACUGGCAGCGCUUCUACCAGCUGACCAAACUACUGGACUCCAUGCAGGAGAUGGUGGCAGGCCUGCUGCAGAUCUGCUUCUACACGUUUGUGAAUAAAACCCUGAGUGUGGAAUUCCCCGAGAUGCUGGUGGAGAUCAUCACCAACCAGAUCCCCAAAGUGAAAGACGGCAGCGUCAAGCAGCUCUUCUUUCAUCAGAAGUGACCGCCUCCAAGUCUACAAACACGCCUUAAAAAAAACAAAAACAUGCCUGUCUUUUGCUAAAAUGUGCGCGGGCCGCUUCACACCUGAUGGUUACUAAUAUUAGUAUCGGCAUCGGAUGGACCGCCGCCCGCCAGAAGCCCCGCCUCCUCAUGCACUCAGGUUGACGAGGACAAGCGCUUGUCCUUUGUGGUCCUGAGAGGACAUCUUUCUGCCAGCGCCCCUCUUCCUCCCCGGACUGAAAGCUGCUUGCUAACUAACCAUCACGUCGUGACGCUCAAGUGUGUCCAAGUCGCCCACCUGCUCCGCUCCACGCCCUCGGAAUGUACUCGCCACCUCCCCCUCACCUCACAGUUGUGCUUCUUGUUUGUGGCAGGACAGACCAGUGCCUUUCAGCUCCUUACACAUUUGCUUGCUAGUACUAUUGUACACCUUCGUUGUUGUCCAUAUUAACACAUUCAUUAUUGUCAACAUUAACACCUUCAUUAGCAGGGAGGAGCGCUUGGUCAGCUGUUCCCACUGGAAACAAAAACAUGUCUCAUGACUUAAAGUUGACAUAUUGUCCAAGUUAUGCAAUUAUACAAAGAAAAAGUCAGACGUUUAAGGCAGAAAGUAAAAUAUAUAUAUAUAUAUAUGCUACAGAAGUAUUUUACAAGAAAACACACAUAUAUAUAUAUAUAUAUAUAUGUAUAUGCUACGAAAUUAUUCUAUGAGAAAACACACAUAUAUAUAUAUAUGCUACGAAAGUAUUUUACGAGAAAACACCAAAGUCGGGAUUUUACGAGAAAUAGUUUUUUUUUCUCACAAAAAUGACGUAGUCGUAAAUGACAACAUUUAUAACAAUAUUUUGAAUUUAGUUUUUUUAUACUUGAAAAAAAAUGUCCCGAUAUUCCGAUAAGAACUCAGAUUUAUGAAGAACGCGUGAAAGAGUAAUCGUACGAUAUUUACAGAAACUCUACGAGAGAAAUUGUCUACUCGCAAGACCCAAGUUGGGUGAAAAAAAUGCCACAAGAAUAAUUACAAAACUGACUAUCCUUCAUGAAAAAUGUAAAUAUCGCAACAAUUCACGUCCAUUUGGUGGUAAAAGUUGUAACUUUAUCGCAAAGGUCGCAAGCUGUGUUUUAUAUUCUAACAAAAAAAUUAUUCUUCUGGAAACAAGUUUGUUUUUUUCCUGUGGUAGAAUUUGAGUAAAACGUCAUUUUGUUUCUCAUAAACUACUUAAAUUAUUAAUCUUGAUUUAUUUUGAAAUAUUUGUCAUCCUCACGCCGCUAACCUUGAGUUCAAAGUUACCGUUUAUGAAGAGAUUUUGACGUUGGAAUAUAUCUUUAUUACGUAACGUGUCACAUGACAUGAAGAAACCCUUUAAUCAAGUCGACUUCAAAAUAAACAUAUGAAUAUAUAUAUAUAUUUAUUGUUGCUUUCGUUUUUGUAAUAUGGAGGAAAACAUGGAGAACCCCCAUAGAUCGGAUCAUACCUUCAGGUUUUUUAAAGGAAUUGAUCAUCUUUUAAAACGCUAUCAAAGCUCAGGCUCGGUCAUUGCAGGUUGGAAAUUAUUUUGUGUGUUUAUGAAAAGCAGCUUCAGAGAAAACUGAUGGAAGCUUCUAGCACUUCUUCAGACGCACAACACGUUAAAGCUCUUUUAUCAACAUUUGCAUACGAAUGGAGAAAAAAACAGUGAUUCAGAAAAAAAAAAAAAAAGGCCCUGCCUCUUGCUUACUUUAAUGUGGAGCACAUUGAUUUUCUGUGCUUCAAGCGCUGAAUGGUAGUUUAACAGGUAGUGGACGUUACCAUGACGACGGGUAACUUGUGUGUGACUAAAUACAGCAGGCCUCUGACACACACACUUUUUUAUUCAAAUCAGCUUCGCGUUGACUCUUGCAUUUAUUUUAGUGAGUGGUGCAGCUUCACAAAACCAGCGUGGACAUAAUGUAAUGUCCAACAAGUGUACAUAGGGGGCGCCAACAUAUGCGGUUCAAUGCAAAUAGCUUUUAUUCAUGUAAAUUGUCUUUUUUUUUUUUUGAAAAACGUGAAAGAAAAAGUACAGGGACGUUUGUGUUUUUUAACAACGCUCUUUGCCAGUGUGUCCGAUUCUCUAUUUUAGUGGGAGAAACAAAAGAAUCGUUUGUGACUAACAUAAAAACAUGGAAAUGCUGCAACAUUAAAAAAGAUAAUUACAUUGUAUUUGUUGCCCUGCAUUAAUGUCUGAAGGUUAUUUUCCUUCAUAGUGAAGAGAAAAUUCAUUUUUUUUUUGUUUGUUUUUUAAAUAAGUCAUAUAGUUUGGUUUUGACAAAAAGAAAAAAAAAAUGCAGUCACUUCCUGUAUUUUUUUUUUUACAGGUCAAGAUUUUAUGAGUCAAGGAAAUUCAUGAUUUUACAAAACAAAAAUUGUAAUUUCAAGCAGCAAAAGGUAUUGUUGCUCUGAAUUUUAUAAAUACAAAAAAAGUCAUGGUUUUGAGAAAAAAAAAAAACUGGGAGGAGAAUAUAACUCAAGACAUUUUUAAAGGGCUGCUUUAUAAGUUUUAGUGUUAUAAAGAAAAAACAUUUUUUCCCCCUCCUUCAAUGAAAAUGAGGGAUGAGUCUGGAAACUCCCAACAGUCACACACUGCUGUGGGACGGCACUGCAAGCGUUUCGAAGAUUUCACAUUUCAUCCUACAAGGUUUCAUUUAAAAAGGGUACCAAACCAGCUUUUCAAAAUAAAACGUACCGGUAAGAAGCAUUGUUACUGCUUUUUCAGCCCGAUGCUGGCGAGACCAGAGCCAUGAUACAAAUCCACAUUUCAGAAUCAGGACCUGUGCUUUUUGGAGAUUGUUAAAUAAGAAAACUAUUUUUUUAAUAGGAAAUAUUAGACAGCGUGGAGUAAAUAUUUGAUCCAACUUUGAUUGUAUUUUAUUUUUGUGUUGGUGAGUGUAUGUGGAACACGUUGGUCUUGUGACGUGGACGCCAUUGGGGGAGCUGUGGGGUGUCCUUGAGCUUUUAUUAAGAGUGACCAAAGCUGAGCGAGGAGACGAUGGAAACAUGUUUGAAAAUGUUGUAAGUAUUCAGUAGCACUUAACAUCUUAUUUUGAAAGCUUAUAUUUUGUAAAUGUCCAUGCUUUGGAUUCCCUCUAUAUGAAAUAUGCCCCCCCCCCCAUCCAAAAAAGAAAUGUUGCCCUGUUUUAAAUCCACCAGAGCCAGAAAAAACUGCACUACGUAAAGGAAAAAGAAAAAACUGGUGGCUAAAAUCUAUUUUGUAUAAUAAAAUGUAAUUUUAAGGGCAGAUCAAGUUUGUCUGGUUUUCAUGGAAGUCUCUUGUUGCUUUUGAUUGUCAUCGGAUGUAAAAGCAAACUUGUGUUGUUUGGAGCGAGGCGGUAAAAAUACUUUUUAUGACCGCGUCGUGUGUUCUUACACCUCCUCUGUUCUCUGCGUGGAUACUGUCACCUUUUCAUUCGAUGUUGAAUUAUCUGUCGGCGUCUGCUUGACGGGGAAGAAGUGAUUUGAGUUGUACUAUGAAAUAAAAAGUCCACUCUUUUUCCAAA